GACCGAAGCAGCGACGAGCAAAGUAUUCAAGGCAGCAGUAACUUGACAACAAAUGAAGCCCAUUCAUUAACACUGUCGCUAUACAGCAUCCAUAAAUGCUAGUCCACAUACACCCACAGCGCCUCAGCGCGCUCCCGGUUUAUCGUUUUCUAUCAGUCCAGAGACGCCUAGCACACACGGUGCCAAACACAAGCCCAAGCACGCACUUCCCCUUUCCCGCCCACGCACGUCCAACUCCCCAUCAGAUAUUCCAUCUUCCUCUUGGCGCAUCCGAGGCUGAUAUCAAAUCCAGAUAUUACGACCUUGUUCGAACACAUCAUCCAGAUUCCACCUUCUGUCGGGACCUUUCUCCAUCUGAGCGCCACUCGCGAUUCCAGGCUAUCACAGCUGCAUAUGACAGCCUUCGAGGGAAGGCUCGCUCAGGAACUUCUGAUAUAUUUGAGG